AUGGUCAAAUCGGCUAUGCCUCCAAUGCCGGUGCGCCAACAACAGGAGGUGCAGUUGGAAGAGGCCUCGACUGACAGCGCUUUCAAGAUGGCUGGAAUCAGGGCCGCAAACAACAUCGAUAAUCGACUGUGGGCAGAGAAGUUGUCAUGGGAGAGAAGGGCUGCCUACAAAAAGUGGUCAUCCAUCAUUCUCCAUGAAGUUGGUGCCUGGGAGAUAGCCCGGCUCGAAGUGCAAUGCAGGGCAAUGGAGUUUGCCCGUGGAGGCUUGUUGGAGAGCAUAGCUGAUGCACUGGGAGCGAGGGCUACUAACACUCUCCAUAGCAGGGCUGGUCCUUUGCUCCAAUACAUCAGCUUCUACAAGGAGCGCGGAAAGCCAUGCAUGCCGCUCCAUGAGUUCCAGGUGUACGACUUCCUGAAGGCAUGCAACAACAGAGCUGCCUCAUUCCCUAGAUCGCUGCUUUUGUCGAUCAAUUUUGCGGACCAUCAUUUUGGACUUCAUGGAGCAGCUUCAAUAAGGGCUUCUGGCAGAAUCAAAGGGCUGGUCGACAUUUUGUAUGGCCAGAGGAAGAAACUGGUCCAAAGACCACCCCUGUCCGUGAGGCAGAUCCUGCACCUAGAAGCCACGGUGCACGAUGAGGGCAGGGCAAUUUUUGAUAGACUGGCCAGUGGGUACUUCCUUUUCCUUGUGUACGGAAGGCUGAGAUACUCAGAUGGGUUACAGGUGUCUUCACUCUUGCUGGAUGAGCGUCCAGACGGUUUUGGAUUUCUUGAAUGCCUUGCCGAGAAGACCAAGACGUCCAUCACGUUGGAGAAGAAAGCCCGACACAUACCCAUUGCUGUGCCCUUACAAUGCUUAGGCCCAAAACCAUGGGUGCAGACGUGGCUGAACCUCCGACAAGAGAAUGUCUUACCUGCCAUGGGAGAUGCCCAAGGUUUUGUGCCGCUUUUGACAACACCAUCGAACGGUGGUGGAUGGUCGAAGAUUCCCUUGACUGUGACAGCCGCCGCUGGAUGGCUCAGGGCUCUCCUUCAAGGGGUGGAAGCUGAUGGGCCGGUGCGGAUUGGCACGCACUCAUGCAAGGCCAGCCUGUUGUCGAUGUGUGCCAAGUUCAAUAUGUCAGGACAAUCCCGACGGAUCCUUGGGUAUCACAGUGCUUCCAAGGAAACCUCAAUGCUCGUUUACAGUCGCGAUGCUGCUGCGGGUCCUUUGCGUGACUUAUGUCACAUGCUGGAGGUCAUAAAAUCUGGGAAGUUCAGACCUGAUGAGACGCGUUCAGGCAGGUUUGUGGACAUGGACCCAGUUGAACCACCAGAGGACGACGACGAUGGAGCUUCGUCCAGCACAGCGACGGAGAACGAGGAAGAUGUUGACUGUGAAAAGGAAGAAGCUGCCUGCAGAAACGUGGUCGGAGAUUGGCAACCAGAAAAGGCCAUUGAGGUCGAAGAUGCAGUGUACGCCAUAGACAACAUGAAAAAUCAGCAACUGACCACCAUGUCACGUUUUGCAUUUGCUUGCAAUUACUCCCCAGCUGGUACUGACGAAGCACCUUUGGUUAACUUGGCAAAAGAGGUCUAUGGCAAGGACCCUAGCACUGUUGAGAUGGCUUUCAUCAGAAGAAUCUUUAACGAAGCCUACGUGAAUGUUGCAUCAGAUAUCAAGUCCAAGGCAGAAAGCACAGACGAGACACCGAUCAGGAAGCUUGCACCAGCUGAGAGGAGUGAGAGACUCAAACAACAGCAGCAGCGGCUGAGAGGCAUCAACAUCUCAGGACCUUUGGAACCUGGCGACAGCCUCAUUGACAAAUGCAUAUCCAUUUAUGAGAGUGACCGCAUUCAAUACGUUUCUUGGGAAUCAGCAGUGAGUCGAGAACAUGAAUUACUCACAGGACUGAAAAGAGACACCCAGCUCACUUUUGAUGGUUCUGGCACUUUGAAAUUGCAGAAGGCCAAUCAGGUUGAGCCAUGCAACACCAGCAGCGAGAUUCAGGUGAAAUACGCCUUGACUAGGCGAGCUCUCGCCUUUGAGCAGGCGAACCUGGUGAAGUUCUCCCUCAUGGAGGGCACCAAACCUUGCAUUUUUCUUGAGCUUUGUGCGGGCAGCGCACGACUGUCAGAAAGUGAGCCUUUGGGUCUGCAAGGACUAUCCUAUGCAGAUCAAAUGCGUGUUGACGGCGCCAAUGCCUUGUACGAUGUUUUGGGCAAGCUGGUUGAAGAAUUGAAAAAGUUGACAACCUUUUUGGUCAGUGAUGCUGCACUUUAUGAGCCCUUACAGCGAUUCUGCCCGGGAAAUCAUGAACAUGAGGCAUGGGGUUUUGACCAUGCCACUUCAACUUUUAACACUGCCAAAGAAGCCGAGUAUCCUGAUGGAAUGUGCCGCACCUAUGCUGACAUUGUACAACAGAUUGUGUUGCAGCGUGGUUUGCAUGUCCACGACUUCAAUGGGAAAUCCACAGCCACUGCCCCGCAAGUGCAGAAGCGAGGCAGGAAGAUCACAAAGCGCCGAAUCAACUGCUUGACAAGAUGGAGAACCACGGAAGCCAAACUCAGAUCAUUGGAAUCCGAACUUCAUGGACAAAUGAGUGAAUCAGUUGCAUGUGUUCUCCGUAGCAAGAAUAUCCUCUUGAUGAGACAAGUUGCGGAGGAAAUGAGCUGGCCCGACGUCAACCUUUUUGAUGAGAUGACACAAGGUUUUGAGCUCACUGGAAACUUCAGCGCAUGUGGCAUCUUCAAACCGCAGGUCAACAUUCCAACCUUAUCGGUGGCCCAAUUGAAACAGAACACCAAGUUCCUCAGGCCCACUAUCCUGGGGCGCAUGAGGCUGACAGAAGCCAGUGAGCUCCAGACGGAACUCAUGGAAGUGACAGUGCAGAACAAGCAAUCGAGAAUAGAAGAGACUGUGCAAUUUUUGGACAAGAUGAUAGAAGAACGAUACAUUGCGGUGGACCAAAUGCCAAGUAAACUUGGUAAGCUGCAGUAUGCGGAGGCACAGUUGUGGGGACGUGCGGGGCGGCUUGCCCUUGCAGACAUAAGACAUGCAGCUUCGCUUGGCAAGGUGACGGUGGAGCUUGAUGUAAGAGCUUGCAAGGCCGUUGAACUUCUGAGGUCAAAACUCCUGUCAGGGCGGCCCAGGACAAUCAGUGUUUCUAAGAAGAAGAUGCCAGUCGUCAUUUUUACUGACGGUUCUCUGGAAUAUGACAACGGUAAACGUGUCGCUGGCAUUGGUGGAGUCUGCAUUCUUCCCUGUGGGCAUGUCGAAAUUUUUGGAGCUGAAGUACCACAAGAAAUUUUGGAUGACUGGACAGAGAAUGACGACAAAGAUCACGUCAUUGGGCUUAUUGAGCUGUAUGCUGUGCUGACCGCCUUGCACACCUGGUCGCGGCACAUUACGUUAGAAAGGGUUGUGGUCUUUGUUGACAACUGGCCAGCUGUCGACGCUCUUGUGAAAGGGGUAUCCACCCAACAGACGUGGAGAGACCUUUUGAUGACCUUUGAGAUUUUGGAUGAGAAGCAGCAAUCGCUGCAUUGGUUUGCCAGAGUUCCUUCAUCGAGCAAUCCUGCUGAUCCACCCAGCAGAGGCACACUUUCAGGCUUGGAGUUCCUCAAACCCUUUGUUUUAUGCGAAUCCUUCUGUCCCGUUACCAACAAACCUUUGAUGCAAAUUGUGAAAGAAUGA